AUGAUGCCUCCACACGCCUUCCUAGGCUUCCUCAUCGGUCUCUCCCUGACUCGUGCGGCAGAAACUCAGCCAGACCACGCGUCUCUGAAGCCGCAGAGAGUACAUUUCCAGUCCCGAAAUUUUCACAACGUUUUGCACUGGCGCCCUGGGAAGGCUUCCACCGGCAACAGCAGCCUCUAUUUUGUGCAGUAUAAAAUGUACGGACAGAGACAAUGGACAAACAAGGAGACUUGCUGGGGUAUUCAAGAGUUCUUUUGUGACCUUACCAACGAAACGUCAGCGAUCCAGGAGCCUUAUUACGGGAGGGUGAAGACGGCCUCGGCCGGGAUCCACUCUGGCUGGACCAUGACGCAGCGGUUCAUCCCCUGGUGGGAAACGAAAAUAGAUCCUCCAGUUAUGAACAUAACCCAAGUAAAUGGCUCUUUGUUGGUGAUUCUCCAUGCUCCAAAUUUACCACAUAGAGACCAAAAAGGAAACAAUGUAUCAAUGGAUAAUUACUACCAGCUAGUAUACCGAGUCUUCAUAAUUAGCAAUUCACUAGAAAAGGAGCAAAAGGUGUAUGAAGGAGCUCACAGGGUCAUUGAGGUUGAAGCUCUCGCACCGCACGCUGUUUACUGCGUGGUGGCUGAAAUCUACCUGCCCGAGUUAGACAGGAGGAGUCAGAGGAGUGAGGAGAGAUGUGUAGCCAUUCCCUGAAGCAGUGUGGAGGGCUCGCCGUGUGGACGUCGCAGCUCUCUGCGCACCGAAUGGCUGGUGCUCACAGGAUCUCCUUGAAGAUGGUUCUCCAUUUUCUUAAAGAAGUGCUCACCAUGACACUUUGGGGCUCUUUGCUCAUCCUUUCUUCCUUCCUUUAGAUGCUAUUUGUGAACUAAAUUUAAGCAACACCCCCAAAAUACAUUAGAAUUUAAAGAAGAGUCAGACAAUAAAGGGCUCUGUGAAAUACGGAACUUUAUUUCUGAGCGUAACACCCCUAACAACAAUCUCCAUUCUGCUAAGACAGCUAAAUAAAAAUCGGAGAGCCAAGGAGUAACAGGCGUUUAACAAAAUGUCGUUGAAAUCACCUUUUAAAAUAGCAUUCCAGACAAGCAACCCUUUUUCACUCUCUACUGAGACAGUUAACUUGACAUAGAUAUGCCAACUUUUACAUGAAUGGAAUUUUUACAUGAAUGAAUAUUUUCCCAUACAUUUCUAUUUUAUACAAAUAUACUUUUUCAUACAUUUAUUUUCUAUUGUAAAGUAUUUGUACUUAAAGAACCAAUAUUUUCUUUCAAAUUCUAGUCUGUGUCAAUAAGACUAGUUUUUUUAAAAAACUUCUCAUGAUCUCUGGAUUCAUCUCUAGGUUCAGAUUAUCAACAGUAACAUCUAAAUUCCACAGGAUGCCCACUCAAUGCAGUUUCCCUCUUUUAACACAUAUUCAAAUUAAGGUUCUCACUUCUGUUUUUGUAUUUGCUUUGUUUUGUUUUUUAGUAUUGCCUUAGAAGAAUUUAUCCUUAUUCUCAAAAUCAGGUGUGGUGUUUUUUAGCAACAAAGUAAAAAAGAAAACUUAACUCCAAUUUAUACCGCACUCAACCCUCCUGGCAAAGGGUCUUUCAUGGGUGGUCCCUGCCUGGUCUCCAUAUAAGAGGGUCUUACGAAUGACAGUUUGACUGGGGACGUGGGGGAUGGCUGGGGGCCAGGCAGAGAAGCUGGCCUGAAGCUGAGAGCACGUAGUGGGUGGUGGGUUCAUUCGGAGGAGGGUCUGGGGCUGGCAGAGAUCCCAGGGGCAGCUGGAGCCCACCAACCACCUCCUGGCAGCUUCACCGUCCCCCAGAGGGAAGGUCUGUGGCCUACGCUCGUGUGGGCAACAGAAACCUGCCGUCUUCACUCCGGGCUUGGUCUCAUACAUGUGACAAAUAUCCAAAAUGUGAUAAAAAAUAUAGUAAGUGCCUCUGUUUAUAUACAAUUACACACAAUAAUAAACAGAUUAAAAAUUAUUCCAAAACGCACAGAGGGAGAGAGUAAGAGAGAGAGCAGAAGGUAGACAACUGGUUUCAUCACUUUCCAACAUGGCCAGAAAAGAUGAGUCCUUGUCGUGCCCCCAGGCCUGUGUGAUCCGUUCCCUGGCCUCACUUCCAGCAGGUCUCUGCUGGAAGGUUGUUUUAUCCUGAGGUUUCCCUCCCCAUUCCAUUUAAACUUGCAAACUACCCCUGCA